AUGACUGAGACCGUCAGCAAAUUGCCAUCCUUGCUUCGACCGGCUUUUAUGCUGUUCCUCGGUGACUUCAUCUAUAUCGACGUUCCCCAGCGCUUUGGCUCGUCUGUAUCACAUUACCGCAGUGAAUAUCGUCGUGUGUAUUCUUCUCCCUCGUGGUAUUCCCAUGGUGAUAACCCGGCCAUCGACCUGCCGUGGAUACACACUCUAGACGACCAUGAGAUUGAGAAUGACUGGUCGAAGGGCAACAAUACAGCUCCCUAUUUGGCUGCUGCUGACCCCUAUAUCCAUUACCACGUCAGUGUGAACCCCCCGAUCCCAGCCACUCCUUUUGCCAAGCCAGAAAACACAACCUAUUUCUCUUUCAUCAACGGCCCGGCGUCAUUCUUCAUGUUGGAUACCCGCACCUAUCGCUCCGAGCCCGCCCAACCGGACUCUACCAUUCUUGGCUCAGCGCAACUGCAGUCCUUGCUUGCAUAUCUGUCUCGUCCUGAACCAGCCGAAGUGCGUUGGAAGAUCGUCGCCUCCAGCGUUCCAUUUACUAAAAACUGGCGCGUCGGCACGACCGACACAUGGGGUGGGUUUUUGAACGAGCGUCGCACAGUGUUUGAAGCCAUGUGGCGCGCUGAGCGAGAGCUGGGAAUUCGUAUCAUCCUGCUCAGUGGAGACAGACACGAGUUCGGGGCGACCCGAUUCCCUGAUCCUACAUUUGACUACACGCCCGAUGAACUUCUCCCCGAUACCGCCGGAGAAGGCCUGCACGAAUUCAGUGUCGGUCCGCUCAGUAUGUUCUACCUGCCCAUCCGGACCUACCAUCAAACCGACAAUGAAGAUGUCACGGUCAAAUACAUCCCAACCGGUAACACCAAGUACGGAUUAAUCGAUAUCGACAUCCGCGAUGAGACCGUACUCAUCAGUGGCAGGACGGCAACCGUACCCAGUUCCGUCCUUACCUACUCACUCUAUGUUGACAACGAUGUCGCCUGGAAAUAUAGUCUCAGCGUCCCACUUCCCGGGUAUGAGGAUGUUGCCUCGGCUGCCUCUGUCAGACACCCGCGACUCCUGCCAGGUAAAGUCCUUGAGGACAACCGUGAACUAGUUGGAUGGAGUGCCCAGCUCAGAGCCGUCCUUAGUCAGGUGGAGGAAGUAAGAGGACAGCUAGUUAACCAGUUUAGGGCUCAAGUCUCUAAACUUUUGGAUAGAACGGGAACAGCAGAAAGACUCGACUGA